AUGUCCCCGCGCCGUGCCGCCGCGCGACGGCAGAGGGCCCUGGCUGCCUCGGCCCUGGCGCUGUGCCUCGGCUGCCUCGGCCGCCUCCGCGAGCCGCUCGGCGAGGCGUUCCUGAGCGGGCGCCCAGCGGCCGCCUCCAACAGCAGGUACGCAAGGGUCGCCCUCGCCGCGGCGGAGACGGACGGGUUCAGCGAGGCGGCACCGCCCAAGAGGAAGGAACAGCUCACGCAGAACAUGAAGAAUCGACUGCGCGAGGAGGCCCUGUCCAUGGGGGACGAGAACACGCCGAUCUCGGCGGGCUUUGGGAACCCGUACCUGCUGGUCAUCGUGAUCGUGCUUGUUCUGGGCGUCGCCACGUACUUCGAGCUGGGCCUGGACAAGAUAGCGAGCAAAACUGGCGGCCCGUCGGAUGAGGAGCUCAUGAAGCAGUACGCGCAGAUGCAGGCGCAGAUGGCCGGGCGGUGA